UCUUCAUUCUGGGGAGAGGCCAGACACAUUGGAGGACAGGAGACCUGCGGAAAGACCAGAGCAAGCGCACAUCUGUCUGGUUAGCUGACCAGUGGUCUAACCUUCCUGACAAGCUUCUCUGCGUUGUAUAGCUGGAAGAUUUCCCUCUGAAAUGGUAGCUUUGCUAGCACUCAGAUUGGAGCUGGUGAGAGGACAGAAAACCCACAGGAUUAGGUCUGUUUUGGGCCAAUGCAGAUCAGAGGCUUGACACUGGGCCCCUAGAAGCCUGUUUCUCGAGCAGUCUAAGACCUCCAGCUCCAUGGAGCCCCCCAUCCCACAGAACGCCCCUUUGACUACCAGCUCCAUCAUGGUGCAGCCCCUCCUUGACAGCCGGGGGCCCCAUAGCCGCCUCCAGCACCCACUCACCAUCCUACCCAUUGACCAGAUGAAGACUAGCCACGCGGAGAAUGACUACAUAGAUAACCCUGGCCUGGCUCCCCCUUCAGGUCCCAAAAGGACCAGGGGUGGGGCACCGGAGCUGACUCCGACACCUGCCCGCUGUGACCAGGACAUCACCCACCACUGGAUCUCCUUCAGCGGGCGGCCCAGCUCUGUGAGCAGCAGCAGCAGCACCUCUUCUGACCAGCGGCUCCUAGACCAUAUGGCUCCACCACCCUUGGCCGAGCAGGCCUCACCUAGGGCUGUGCGCCUCCAGCCCAAGGUGGUUCACUGUAAGCCCCUGGACCUCAAGGGCCCAGCUGCCCCACCAGAGCUAGAUAAGCACUUCUUGCUGUGCGAGGCCUGUGGGAAGUGUAAAUGCAAGGAAUGCGCAUCCCCUCGGACGCUGCCAUCCUGCUGGGUGUGCAACCAGGAGUGCCUGUGCUCCGCUCAGACCCUGGUCAACUACGGCACGUGCAUGUGCCUGGUGCAGGGCAUCUUCUACCACUGCACCAAUGAGGACGAUGAGGGCUCCUGCGCAGACCACCCCUGCUCCUGCUCCCAUUCCAACUGCUGCGCCCGCUGGUCCUUCAUGGGCGCCCUCUCCGUGGUGCUGCCCUGCCUGCUGUGCUACCUGCCCGCCACCGGCUGUGUCAAGCUGGCCCAGCGCGGCUAUGACCGCCUGCGUCGCCCUGGUUGCCGCUGCAAGCACACAAACAGUGUCAUCUGCAAGGCGGCUGGUGGGGACGCCAAGGCCAGCAGGUCCGACAAGUCUUUCUGACACUUUGGAAACCACCCUUGGAAACGUGGGUUCCUUCUGAGGCUGACUUUGCUCUUCUGUCCUCCCCUGCCCCUAGAUUGGGAAGAAACAGGCUGAGACCCUCACACCCACCCUCAAUUCCCCAAAAGGAUGAAGAACCACUUUGGGGUUUUUUCAUGAUCCUGACCUUUGUGUCAAAUAGACAGUGGCAGGGUGUGGCGUUUUUUUGGGGGGCGGGGGGUGGCGUCUUUCUCUAUUUCAGAAGAUCAAACACGGUUGACAUAGAAUCCAGAAGUUGCAGCUGCUCAAUGUCCUUCCCAGUCCCCCCUCCUCCUGCCCUCUCUCUCCCACUUUGCCUUUGUCUCUGGCUCCCAAAGGAGCCGGCUUCCUGGGAGGAGUUGCUAACAGAGGCCGGGAGACCUUGAGGAAGACCUGCAGCCUUGACUUCAACCUUCUCCCUUGCCUGGGUCCUCAUCUGUUGGCCCUCACCUCAUGGGAGGUGCAGGACACCCUAGCUUUCCCUGCUGUGUGUACUCGGGAGUCACUCAGAACAGAAGCCAGUCAGGGAGCAGAAGUCUCCCUUGAGCCACAGGAUGGAUUUAGGAGCCCACCUGCAGUGUGCUCCGCUCUGCCGGCCUCAUCGCUGACUCUCGGGAGUGUCCCAUGCAUCACAGCGUCCUCCGGUUCUUACCGAGUCAGACUCGCCUGCCCGCAGUGUGUCCUGAUUUCUCUCUACUCCGAUUCUUCACAGAAACUUGAUGGGUAGAGAAGCCAAGGCGGCACAAGCGAGACCAAAUAUCAUUUUGCCAAUGCGUCUGAGGCUGUGGUCUCUGGAUCCAGUCGUGAUGUUUUUAUACAAUAAUUAAACCAGAUGCUAACUGUGUUUUAAACAAUAAUAAUAAAACAACUUGCUUCCUUUUGGGCCACCCCCAGGAAGGGCUGAUUUCAAAAUCUGGGGGCAAGCAACCUCAAGGAGCACAAUUCCCCUACCCACCAAGAAGAAGAUUUUAAAGGCAACGAAGAGGCCACACCUCCCAUUGGCAGAAUGACAGUUGAGCUGAGCCGGGGUUGGGUUUCCUCUCCUCUGAUUCUGCUGCUUGCUGUCAUAGCCUUUUGUGUAUAGGGAUGCGUCUAUCUUUAUGUAAAUAGAGAAGGUGAUGAACAGAGUCUUAUUUUAGUGUUAGGAAGCCCCAGCUGGGGGGAGUCAGACAAGCCCAGAGAGGGUGGGGAAUGAUUCUCCAGGGGCCACUGGGUUUGAGCCCUGCUUUUGUGCACAGCACACCCCCUCCCAACAGCCCCCCCCCCAAAGACGUAGCAACUCUUUCUCAAGGUGCUAAAGGACUCAGAAAGUGCAGCACGUUCAGUGGGUAGGUACUUGUUGCAUGCAAAAGCUGUAGUGUGUCUGGUCCUUGCCCCUGCUGUUGUCUGGGGCUUUUGCUUCGUGUGAUAUUUUGUCCCUAUCCCCUCCUGAUGAGAGGACUGGCCUGGGUCAGAAGAGGUGCCCCAGGCGAAAUUGGGAAUGCAUUAGGCAAAGCAACUGUAAUACUUCUGGCUCCUUCGAUGGGAACCUAGCCACCAGAAGGGAGGCAAGGCAGCAGGUAGCCAUGAGUGGCGUGGACCUAAUGCUUCUCGAGGACUCCCUACCCACCCCUCUUGCAGACUAUUAGUAACACCUUAUGAUUUAGAAUAAGUUAAUUGUAACCGUAGGUAUUUAUUGAUUGGAGGAAGGGAGGAUCUUAUUUUCGGCUUUAUUUAUGUAACAUUUGCUGGCUUGUAAAAGGCAAGUAUAAAAUAUUGCAUUUUCAUUCUCUUAAAGCUAAUUCACAUAGCUGCCCUUGCCACAGUUACAAUGGUUAUACGGAUGUUCUUGCACAAAUUAGAGGGAAUGGUAGAAGACGAAACACAUUCAGCCAACCACUUAACACUAAUUGAAUGUAUUGGAAGUGUACUGAAGGGGCUGGAGGUGUUUUCCUCAGAUGAGGUAUGCAGAGGUGAACCCCCACAUGAUUGCGCACAUGUGCACUCUUUCCAAAAGGCCUUGGCACUUCGCCCAGGGCCCCUCUCUCAAAUCUUCUCCAUGGGAAACAUGACCCACGGUGGCAAGUUGCACUUUGGUGAUCUUGGUCUUCACACCCAUUCUGUGGAGAAUUGAUUUACAUAAGCUGUGUAUGCACACAUGCACAUGUUACACUUCACACACACACACACACACACAUGCACACACGCACUGACCCUCCACUGACACAGACCUUGUUUCCUGGCAACCUCUCCUGAACCCUGACUUUGUGUACAUAGCUGUAAACACGGAUUUUUGUGGGUUUUGGUUUGCUUUUUUCUUUUUACCCCUCCCGUUUUGGCUUGCGUUGAAUCUGCUCUAUGGAUGUCUUCAGAACACUCUCCAAGAGUUUAUGUGCUCAGUGGUCAAGGAAAGAGGGACAGAAAGGAGCGUCCUUGGUUUUCUCAGCUCUGUUCUUUUUCUUUGGUGAACACACAGGAAAGAAAACAAAAACAUGGUUUGCUUGUAGGGCCCACAGGCCUGUGGAGGCGUCGAGGGACCAGGCUCUCAGAAAUGUAACACAUUUCUGUAGCUGCUUCUGGCUGGUUGUUUCCUGUUACCAGCAGCUUGUUUGGCUGGAUUACGCCUCAUCUUCAGAAGUGCCAGCUGGUUCCCACUGCCAGGCCUGUGCUGGGUGCUGGCUGUGUGUGGAGCUGAGGGUAACACCCAGGACCCUGGCUGCACACUCUGCACGCGUCCUGGGAACGGGUUUGUGUAGGCUAGCAAAAUCUACCCAGGUGUAAGAAAGGCUCCUCAGAGAAGUCUCCGGAAAGAAGCAAAGACCAGCCUACGAUAUUGUCAUGGGCCCUUCACUGCUUGCAAAAACAUGACUAGGUUGCAGCAUUUGCAGUCUGUUGAUGCAUCACAGAGCCAGCUGGGAACGACAUGCCCAAGGGGUCAUACAUGCAAAGAGAACCUAGGUGACCUUCACCUUGAAGCACAUGGUCUUGUCCCCUGUUGCCCCUCAUCUUUGCGCUGUACGAUUCUCUGGGGCACCCUUCACCCUCACUAGCCUUCUGGUUCUUUUCCAUUCUCCCCCUCUGCUUCCUGUGACCAUGGAUGUCAGAUCUUGCAUUUCCAAUUUCUUGCUGUGAGUGACUUACGUGACGUGUCUUCCCUUGCUUUCUCUUGCUGUCCUACAGUUGGGUUUUGUGUUGAAACGGUGAUGCUGUAUCCGGUGCCCACUCCAUCAUGCCCCUAUUUCAUUCCCCUUUCUGUAGCCCCUUCUCACCCCACCACAAAAGUUACCACAGAAGGUUUCCUUUGUAUAGAAUAUUUAUUUUGAAGCUCUAUUUUAAUAGUAUUUAUUUUAGAAAGUCUACUAUUGUAAGAGUUCUUCUGUUUGUGAAGAAAAAACAAGUUAAAAACUGAAUGUACUGAUCUAGAAAAUAUCUAUAAAUAUAUAUUGUUAAAUAUACACAA